AUGGAUGCCGAGAUGAAAUCGAUAUAUCACGAGAGGCAAAAGUUACAAUUCUGCUUAUUGCACUCCCUAAACAAUCUAUACCAGGAGAAAGACGCGUUUACCCGCGCCUAUCUGAAUGCCGUAGCUGAAAAACUUGACCUGGAGGACCCGAACAAGUCUGCCCGUACGCCAUUGUCUGUUGUCUUCAAGUCCCACCACAACGUGUUCACAGGAAACUAUGACAUUAAUGUCUUGAUUGCUGCACUCAAGGAGAGGGGCAAAGUGGUAACUUGGCACGACCGGCGUUGUGGGGCGUCCUCGAUUGAUCUCGACCAACCAGAAGAUAAAUUGUUCGGCAUCAUAGUUAAUGUCCCCGUGAGAAGGUAUGGCGGCCUGUGGAGAAGUCGGCACUGGAUUGCGUUGAGGAAAAUCGAGCGGGUUUGGUACAAUUUGGAUAGUGACUUUACCACCCCGUAUGCUUUUAGAAACACGGAUGAGAUACGGGAGUUUUUGGAUGGCGUAAUAUCAAGCGGUGGCGAGGUUUUUCUCGUCAAGAAUAUGGAAGAAGAAUGA